AAAAAAAUAAAAUAAAAAAAGAAAAGAAAAACAAAACUGUUCUUCUGGAACGAAGACGAUCAGCGAUAUCAAAAGCACUUCCCCAGUCUCCUGGAAUUAUCUUCUGCAGUCAACUCCACCAUAUUCCUAAGUUUCUCUCUCAAGCUCUUUGCAAUGCCAAAAGGAGAAAUAAAAAUCUUCUUGGGGAAGGACAUGGCAGCCGAGGAGGCUCUUGACUUGUCAACUUUGCAGUCUCAGCUAAGUGAAACACAUGAAAUGUGGAACCAGGAGAUGGAAAAACACCAAUGCCAGGUAGAUUUUUUACAAGACAAAAUUAUGGAGGUAAAGGCUUGCUUACAGGGUCCGGAGGAGGAAUCAAAGGAGGUAGAUGUUCUUUGGCGUAGGGUAAAGACUACUGCAACUUUGUUGGCUUACUUGAAAUCAAAAGCAAGAGUGAUGGCUGUUCCUGAUUUAGCCCAUAAGUCAUGUGGCAUCAAACUAUUAGAAGGGGUAGGGCUUGUGGAUAAGGAAGGUACACCGUUGUCUGGAUGGUCAAGGAGCGCUGAUCUCGCUUCAUUUGACUGUGUAGAUGAAGAAACUUGGACUGGAAUUAGUAGACAACAAGAUUCUCUGGAUGAACAAGAUGGAGCGUAUAUUGGUGAGUUAAUUAAGUCUGUGCAAAUGGUCACUGAUGUUAUGGAAGUUCUAGUUAAGAGGGUCAUCAUGGCUGAAUCUGAAACUGCUAUGGAGAAAGAAAAGGUAACUUUGGGCCAGGAAGAAAUCAAAAGAAAAGCAUUCCAAAUUGAGAAUAUGUCUAUGAAGUUAGAAGAGAUGGAAAGUUUUGCUCUGGGAACAAAUAACAUUCUUAAUGAAAUGAGGCAGAGGGUUGAGGACUUGGUUGAAGAAACUUCUAGACAGCGGCAACGAGCUGCUGAAAAUGAACAGGAGCUUUCUCGUGUGAAGCAGGAUUUUGAGUCUCUGAAAUCUUAUGUUAGCAGUCUCAUUAGUGUAAGAGAAACUCUUCUUUCAUCGGAGAAGCAAUUUCAAACUAUUGAGAGGCUCUUUGAAAGGCUAGUUGCUAAGACAACACAGCUAGAGGGUGAGAAAAAGCAGAAAGAGGAUGAAGUUCAAAAGCUUAUGGAAGAGAAUGUAAGGUUGACAGCACUUCUUGACAAGAAAGAAGCGCAGCUUUUGGCCAUGAAUGAACAAUGCAAAGUAAUGGCACUAAGUUCUUCAAACAUAUGAAAUCUGAUCUCAUUGUCUAUCUCGUUCUACUGCCUGUUGGACUGCGCUGCCUGGUUGCUUAGUUACAACAGACUAGAUCACCAGCCAGAUAAAUAUUAGGUGGGACAACUAAUGCUGCAUAGGCGUGUUUGCAACAGAUACUCUUGAAAGUUUAACAUGGAACUUGAAUUAUUGCCAUUGUUGUGCUUUCGAAAAUUGAGCCAGUAUGCAUGGAUGCAUAUUAUUGUGCUUUCGGAACACAAUUUUCAUCUUUUCUGUAAAGGCGAGAAAUCUCUGUGUUUGUCGAACAUCCCACCUUACUCGCUGUCUCUUUUCAUCUGAACUUAAAAUUAUAGUGCUCUGUUCUGAUACAGAAACACAAUGAAUGUAUGUUCUUAGGGUGGAACCGGAUGACAAAUUGUGUUUUAUAUGUUUCUUAA